AUGUCACGCGCCGUUCGUCGGCUGCUUCUGCUGCUCUGCCUCGGAUUGGCUUUCCCGACCACGAAGGGGAUUUUUAUGGGAAAACUUUCCAGCAAGAAGCGGUGUGCGGACGAAAGCUGCGCCCAUGCCAUUUCCCUUGCAAGAGCAGAAGAUGACUACAACGCACCAGAUUGCAGGUUCAUUAAUAUCCGAAAAGGGCAACGGAUCUACGUUUACUCAAAGCUGGUGAAAGAAAAAAAUGCAGGAGAAUUCUGGUCUGGAACGGUUUACAGUGAACAGUACGAGGACCAGAUGGGCACCAUCGGUUAUUUCCCCAGGAGCUUAGUCAUGGAACAGCACGUCUUCCGGGAAGCGAACAGGACGAUUCCCACGAGGGUAAGAGACAAGGCGUCCUCCUAG